CGAGCACCGGAAACGUAACCACCUAUCGCAAAAUGUUCCUGGGUCGGGCUUCUAUCGGAUUCCCGAUGUUUAGGACGGAGACGCGGUUGCAGCAAAGGCGACGAAUGUCGGAGCAAAGGCUUCCCAAUCACCGCAGACCCGUGCCCGUGAAGCUGCAGGAGCGGAAGGACUCGUGGACCGACCUGAAGAGACCGCCAUUCCUGCUGGUCAAGAGCUUCCUGAACCUGCGCCACAUGGACCCCGACUUUGGGAAUGACAUCAUGCGAGUUACGGACGAGCUAAGUUUCCAGCCACACCGCACUCUGUUCAUCAACAUCCUGCAAUUGCCGCAUCGUCGCUUUUCGGAAACUUCGGAUAGCUUUACGGAGAUGAUAUUUAAACAUCCAUCAGAUUCGGACCCGGCUCCCGAAUCGUGAGUGUGGAUUUAAGAGUACAACAGAAAUUAGUUUUUUUUUGUUUUUAAGUUUUAUAAAUAAAUGGCUAUCAUAUUUCGAUU